AUGGGUUCUUUCUGUGCUACGGAGGGGUUUAGAGCUUCAAUUUCGAGAACAGCCUCCUCUCUCUGCGGUUCCUCUGGAAUUUUCUAUGACCAGAGACCCGUGGAAAAAUCUGUUGUUACAAGAGGAAGUGUCUCUACUUCUCCAAAAGAAUGUAUUGGAAGAAUAUCUGGUGAUUCCACAUUUCAAAAUGGAGACCAACAGGUCGAUCAGAACCUCUCUCCAUACAGGGAUGUGGACGUCUUCUUUAGAUCUGACGGAUGCUUAUUUUCAUGUCCCUAUAGCUCCGGCUUAUCGGAAGUUUCUUCGUCUGGUCUGGAAGGGCAAGGGGAACAAUUUCGAACAGAUCUUGGGAUAGUUCUUCCUCCAGAGGAGAAAUUUCUCAAGCUUCAGUAUCUGUUGGAUCAACUACUUUCAGCCAAACAGGCUUCAGUUCGCCAGUUUCUACAACUGAUAGGUUUUCUGAUUUCUCUGAUGGACAUAGUACCUUUAGGUCGUCUUCAUAUUCGCCCCAUUCAGUGGUAUCUUCUGGAAUUUUGGGUAACAGCCUCACAACAGUGGGAAGCUGUUAUUCCCAUUCUUCCCAGAUUGUAUCCUCAUCUUCUGUGGUGGUCAGUGAGAGAGAAUGUUAUGAUAGGUUGCUCGCUAGACCCCCCAGUUCCUUCUAUGACCCUGUUUACAGAUGCUUCUCUGACAGGCUGGGGAGCUACCCUGGAAGGCAGAGAGGCAUCAGGGUCAAUCUCUGAUGAUAGCCACAGACAAUACAACAGUAGUGGCUUAUCUGCAGAAUCAGGGCGGCACACAUUCUCAGUCUCUUUACCUUCUGUGCAAAGAAAUUCUGUUGUUUUGCCGUUCCCUGGGAAUUCGCUUGUCAGUCAGGCAUGUUCCUGGCAAUCUGAAUCUAAUAGCGGAUGCUCUCUCAAGGUCACUGCAUCCAGUGAAUACAGAAUGGGAGUUACAUUCAGCAGUCUUUCAGGAGAUCUGUCUCAAGUGGGAUCGUCCUCAUAUAGACCUCUUUGCUACGCAUCUGAAUUGCAAACUGCCAACGUUUGUCUCUCCGAUUCCAGACAACAAAGCUUUAGCAGUGGAUGCAAUGUCUUUCGAUUGGAAGGGGAUGUUUUCUUACAUGUUUCCUCCUUUUCGCCUCUUCCCAAGAUUUUACACAAAAUCAGGGUAGAAAUUUGCAAGACCAUUCUUAUUGCUCCAGCAUGGCCAAAACAAUCUUGGUUUCCAGAUCUUCUUCAACUGUGUUGUGCGAGACCAAUUCUUCUUCCUCUCAGGAAAGAUCUUUUGUCUCAAUUCAAAGGCAGGAAAGUUCAUCAGAAUCUUUCCAACCUCCAUCUACACGCAUGGUUACUGUCAGGAAAUCUCUCAGACAGGAUGGCUUUUCUGACAGAGCAGCCAAACGUAUCUCUAGUUCAGUCAGAAAAUCUACAGGAGCAAUUUAUGACUCUAAGUGGAACAUCUUCUGUUCUUGGUGUCGUUCAAAGGAAAUUGAUCCUCUCGCAGUUACUGUCCAACAGUUAG